AUGGCAACUAUAACAUUAACUGUUACUCCAUUUCAAAAUGAUCAAGAAGUACAAAAAUUAAUUGAUCUUGCUUAUUCAGAUACUAUUGAAGAUAAACGAGAAGCAAUUAAUAAAAUUAAUGAAUUAGAAGCAAGAAUCAGUCAAUUGCCAAUGGGUCUUGGUUCAUUGAAACAUAUUCUUAAAGUUGAAAUAAUUCGAGCAGAACAACAAGAACAGAAUAAAAUGGACGAAAAUAGUGCUCUACAAUAUGCUUGUGCAGUAGCUGUUUUAAAAUUCGUCGAUGCUGUUAGUGUACCUUAUCGUGUUCAUCAUUCUCGUCUUUCAUAUCGAAAUAUUGCUAAACAAGUGGAUUUACCCGGUAAUAUAAUUAGUUUACGUCAUGAUAUUGCACAUCAUCAUGAAUUACCAUCAUUACAUGAUUUACUUGCAGCGGUAGAUUUUAGUAAACAAUGGCUUCGCAAAAAUUGUCUUGAUGAAUUAAUUGAAACAAUGGCACUUUUUAGUCAAGGUUCAUAUAGUGAAUUACUUGACAUAAUUGCUCAAGAAACUGUACAAGCUUAUGUAGAAGCUCGUCUUAAUUUUCUAAUGAAACGAAGUAAAAAACGAUUACGAAUAGCUGAUGAACGUAUUGAAGAAAUACGUAAAGCAUUACAAAUGUGUAAUGGAAAAGAAAUGAUGGCAGAAGUUUUUGUACAAUGUGGAAACUUUAUAAUGACACCGAAACAAUUAACACGUCUUGGAUAUGAUGCAGAAUCAUCUGAUCUUCUUCCAAAAUGUGUCAUACAAUUUUGGAAGCCUAUUAUUCAAUUAAUUAUUCAAGAUACUAGUCUUAUUUCAUUAAUAACUGAUAAAAUCUUAAAUUUUAUUAGUGAUUAUUAUCAAUUAACAUCGAAUGAUUAUUCUAUUAUUGAUCAACAAAGAAUUGGUUGGAUAUUUUAUUUAAUUGAACAACCAACAAUUAAACUUGAUCUUAGUUCAAUAUUUAUUCGAUUAGUACGUAUACUUCAACCAUGGUUUGCUGAAUCACUUUCUCAAAUGGUUGUUCGUAUGGCCGAUAAUAAUAAUGGUACUCGACAAACAUUAAUUAGUGAACAAAAACGUGAUAUGCUUUUGCGAACUAUCUCUAUGUUUGCUAAUCCAUUUGAAAAUGUUAACAAUGAUGAAUUACCAGCAAGUUCAUCUAUUGAAAUUUUUCCACGAAAUGAAUUAUAUAAACAAGAAUUAUUGAUGUUUAAGAAACGUUCAAUAUUAGCGGAAGUUCCAGUUGGCUUAGCUAAUAGUGAAGAUGAACAGAAUUUAGAAAUGAAUAUUGAUCUAUCAAAAACUGAUCGAAAUUUUCUUGGCUGUAUAAGUAAACCAAAAUCAAUGAGUUCAUUACCAACGAAAAGAAAAAGAACUACUUCACCUACAAUUGAUUCAAAAUUAUUUCAUGAUUUACUUUAUCCUCGACAUUCUUAUCGAUAUUAA